AUGGUAGCUUCAUUCUUCGGCACUCGCCCGGCCACCAUUCCAAAUAGAGUUGAAGAAGAUUUACUUCCUCCAACGGACGGCGUUUCACAAGACGGCCUCCUCUCGGCGAUCACUUCAUCUAGUGGCGAGGGUGUUGGCGGAAGAAAGCGAACAGCUACAGGAAAUGAAACAGACAACGAAGCAAAGCGUCAGCGCGAAAGCCCCGGUGAAGAGCAAAUCACAAGCAGUGAACGAUUGCACGACGAGGCAGAGGUGUUGCUUGACGAGGACGUCUCAAAUGAAGCGCUUGAAGAAAUCCCAGGGGAAGAUGAGGAUUUCGGAGAUCACGAAGACGAGGAUUUGGAAGGAUUGGAAGAGGAGGGAGAAAUUGGGGAAAUGGAAGAGGGAAACGACGAUGGACUGCCGGAAGUGAUUGACAACUUUGAAGAUGACGAUGAUGAUAUUCAGGGAAGUCCCAGACCACCCACUCCAACAUCAACGAAUGCAGCGUCAGGGCAGCCAAGUGAUGACGAUAUUCAAGUGCUUUCCUCGGACACUGAUGAAGGAGAUGGGGCAACUGACUCAGAAGAUGAUCAAGGCAUUGGACGAAUGGACGAGGAACAAGGGGAUGAAGAAGAGGCCGAAGAUUUCGACUACGGUGGGGGAGCCGAGGACUUGGAUGAUGAAGAGGCAGCUGUGGAUUUUGUGGAUGAUGUGAUCAAGGCAUUGGCCGAAUGGACGAGGAACAAUUUUGUGGAUGAUGAUGGUGAAGUGGAAGUAAUUCAAGGAAUCGAUCAAAGCGAUCACGAUGCUGGUGGUGAUGUUGAUGAGCAGACACAAGAUGCUGAAAAUGUUGGCGACGAUUUGGGAGAUCUUGGCGAGGAAAGAGAAGCCGCAUCGGCGAUGGAAGAAGCAGACGAUGAGAGGGAAGAGGGUGAGAAGUAUAUGGCUUUGGGCAGUUUGAUUCAGAGUGCCGGUCUCUACGUGACUCCAAUGAAUCGUCAACAAACGGCACAACGUGGUGGAAUGAUCAGUGGACGAGGACAGCCACAAAUGGCUCGCCGCGGUGGUGCUCCAGGACUAGCACAACGAGCUUCGUCGGGGGAGGAGGUCGAGGAAUCUAAACAAAGAGCCGCGGGACAUCAAAAAUUUCCGAAGCUGUUCGCGUUGUUGAAG